AUGUCGUCUACCAACGAUCUCCACACUGCCACUGACUCCGAUGAAUCUCGGGUUGCCUACGAUAAGAUGCCUCCCAUGGAUCCGCUUCACUUGCAACAGUUUGACUUCAUGCCACUAUCACAAUCCCAACUUUCCCAUUCCUGCCCUGUCCUUGGAGAAGUUGGCGGGGAACACCUCCCGGAUGGCUCCUUUAGCUUCCCUGCCAAUGACCACAUCUUUACUGAACAACCGAUCGACCCCUUCGAUCAGUAUCAUAUCCCUUCGGUUCCAUCUCAAUUGUCGAGCAUGCUUCUCAGCGGCGACCUCUCAAGUUUUAAUUCAAAUGGUGGAUCCAUGGAUAGUCAGAACUGGCUACAGCAGGUUGAACCACUCUCCUGGGCCGGCUUCGGGGACGAGACCUUCGCUUCUGGACCUGAAUGGCCUUCAGCACCAAUGGAGACAGCAUACAUGCCCCAGAAUCCAUGGACGGGGAUCCUUUCUCAACAGAUGUCGGAAGAACUAUCUCAGAUGGCCAUCAACCAACAAUCACCUCAGCUACUGCAAUCCCUCGAGCAGCCCGGUAUUGCGGAUUUAGACUAUCGGUAUUUGGUGCAAGCUCACUCAUCAGGCAUCACUUAUCCUCUCUUCACGGCCGGCGAUAGUGUCGAAUUCGAAGGGUUGUUGCCUCAACCCACGCCACACAUUCCAAGUUUGGCUUGCACUACACAGAGCCCUCAACAGAUUGGAGAAUCGCAGAUUCUGCGAAGAUCUACCCACCGGAAUCCAGGCGUAUCCUCAUAUUCUGAUGAGGCCUGGGAGGCUAUUCGGCCGAUCUUUCGAGACUUGUUUAUCACCCAGAGGUGUACCUUGUCGCAAACCAGCAUGAUACUCGAGUUGGUUCAUCAUUUCACAGCCACAGAAGAUUCCUUUAAUACCAGGAAAAAGAGACACUGGCCAGAUUGCGUGAAAAACAAAACCACUGCCAAGGGGACCGGCUCCCAAACCUUCAGUCAUCAGGCUCCAGGGAGUUCUCCACCGCGUAAGAGGCCCAGGAAGGCUAUGGGGAAUCAUCCUUCCCCCCCUGAGUACGUGAUCCGAGUCUUGGGCUCAGUUCCGCGCGCCCUUCCCCCUUACCUGUACAAGGGUCAGAACAUACUACUUCUCUGCAUCGACAAAUUCGUGAAAGGAUUCUACGACUCUCAAGCCGACAUUGAGUCCCUAAGCAAGCCAAAUCAGUCUGGAGAUUACAACAUGAUGCUCGAGGAAUGGGAGUGGCAGGUUCUUCGGACCCGUUGCCAGGCCGUUUCUACUCUGGUUCGGAAGCACGAGGCCAUUCCCAACCCGACGAAUGAAAGACCUGUCGCUUUGAACCGGCCCGAACGAGCAGAGACACUGAAGGUGAUCAUGGGCAAUCUACUUCACGACAAGGUCUUUAAAAAGGCACAAGACCCCGUAAGAUGCUCUAGCCCAAACCAGCUGUCAUCAAUAUGGGACAUAUGCCGUAUCCUGCAAGGCCUUUCUCUUCAGCAAAGACACAAUGAUACCUUGUAUGUGGAGAGCUUUAUUCACUCUCUACAAGACAUUUCCACUGUCUCUGGUAAAACCAACCAUGUCGGGAUGGCCGCUCUUGUGGAAGGUCUGCUGGGGAUCUCGCCUUGUGAUCUCCAUGAUACAAUGCGGAUUAGCUUCCUCUGCACCGCCCGAGGAUUGUCAAGCAGGCUUGGCCCCCGCCACCCAGCAGUCCUGGAAUCUUGGACGUUAUAUGCUCGGCAUUGGGACCCCAAAUGUCUUCAAAAGGCCAGCUUUCUGUCUUCCUAUCGAAAGGGUCUUGAAGAAACUGAGAAAAAAUUUGGUCAUAGCCAUGACUACACCAUCAAUCUUUUGUGCAACUAUGCUUCCGCAGCAUACUAUAUCUUCCACGACAAUGGACUUGCCAACGACCUUGCCAUCAGGCUCUGGGAACGUACGUCGAGUGCCUGUGGUAACGACGAAACACCGUUAUCAUGGUCUGUUAAGGCCCAGGGAAUGGCCGAAGCCGCCAAGAUGCUUGCCUUGCUCUGCUGCAUUACCCACGAGAACAAACGCAAGAGUGGCGGCGAGAUGAAAAAGCUUAGGCGUAAGCUAAAGUUGAAAGGACGCAAGGCACGGAAAAGGUUCCGCGCUACGCUGCAGUCUCCACCGGAUCCUCAGAAUGCUAAACAAGCUAUCGAGAACCUCGAGAAAACGGUUGAGAGACUAAAUGCGAGUGAAUGGGAUUGCAAAUUUGUCAAAGCAGGGCUACUAGACACUUUGGGAAAUUUGACCCAGGAGUUCUGUCCUAAGGAGGUUCAGGGAGGUGCUGCCAAAUCUCAUCGUGAGGAAGCCGCAGGGAUUCGCCUUGAAAUAGUAAGAAACGAUCAAGGUGAAAAGCAUUAG